CGCAUCAGCAGCUGCCGCAGCCUCCCGUCCUCUCCCAACAUGGCGCCGCUAACCUGCUGAGCUCUCCCAGCUCCCCGUCCCUGCCGUUCUCCGAGACAUGCUCACAGCACCGGCCGAUAGCCGGAUACCCCUGACCAGCCAGUGCAGCUCCUGAGCCGCGGAUACUCGGGCCUGUAGCAGUGCGGGCCCAGCCCCGGAGCCCUCCCCGCCAGUCCUCCUCUCUCUUCUACAGCCGGAGCAGGAGGCCUAGCCGCCGUCAUGGCUCACUCCCCGGUAGCAGUGCAAGUCCCCGGGAUGCAGAACCACCGAGCUGAUCCAGAAGAGUUAUUCACAAAACUCGAACGCAUCGGCAAGGGUUCCUUUGGCGAAGUCUUUAAAGGGAUUGAUAACCGGACUCAGCAUGUGGUUGCCAUUAAAAUUAUUGAUCUGGAAGAAGCAGAGGAUGAGAUAGAAGAUAUACAACAAGAAAUAACAGUCCUUAGCCAGUGCGACAGCCCGUAUGUGACUAAAUACUACGGAUCCUACUUGAAGGGCACUAAGUUAUGGAUCAUAAUGGAAUAUUUAGGCGGCGGGUCUGCCUUAGAUCUACUGCGUGUUGGUCCGUUUGAUGAAUUCCAGAUUGCUACCAUGUUGAAAGAAAUCUUGAAAGGUCUCGAUUAUCUGCAUUCUGAGAAUAAAAUUCACAGGGACAUCAAAGCUGCCAAUGUGCUGCUAUCUGAACAGGGAGAUGUGAAACUGGCCGAUUUUGGUGUUGCCGGACAGCUUACAGAUACACAAAUUAAGAGAAACACAUUUGUAGGCACCCCUUUCUGGAUGGCUCCAGAGGUCAUACAGCAAUCUGCUUAUGAUUCUAAGGCCGAUAUUUGGUCUCUGGGGAUUACCGCGAUUGAACUAGCCAAAGGCGAGCCCCCCAAUUCAGACAUGCAUCCUAUGAGGGUAUUAUUUCUCAUCCCUAAAAACAAUCCACCCACUUUAACAGGAGAUUUCAGCAAACCUUUCAAAGAGUUUAUUGAUGCCUGCUUAAACAAGGACCCAACAUUUCGCCCCACAGCGAAAGAACUGCUGAAGCACAAGUUUAUCGUGAAGAAUGCCAAAAGGACAUCUCACCUGACAGAGCUGAUUGACAGGUUUAAGAGAUGGAAGGCAGAAGGGCACAGCGACUCGGGCUCUGAUUCAGACCCUGAGCCAAAUGAUAAAGAAAAUAAUUCGCACCCAGAGUGGAAUUUUACUACUGUUCGGAAGAAGCCCGAUACAAAGAAGAUGCAGAAUGGAACAGACCAAGAUCUUGUGAAGACCUUGAGCUCUUUAUCAGUGAUCAUUGCACCAGUGUUUGCUGAGCUUAAACAGCAGGACCGGAAUAACACAGUGAGGAAAAAUGCGAUUGAAGAACUAGAAAAAAGUAUGAAUCUAGCUGAGGCCACGUACCCGGGAAUUACUGACAAGAUGGUAAAGAAACUAAUGGAAAAAUUCCAAAAGUUCUCCGUCAGCGACUCCUAAGUGUCUUCUGAUGAGCAUGACACCACUGUUAGCGGAAAGGGAGAGGCAUACCCACCAAAACUACUCCAAGCCUUGGCCGUGCUUAGCUUUUUCAGCUCCUUGUGCCUUUUUGGAUCUCUGCAAAACACAACAUUGUUCAUGAUCGACAGUUUGGAAGGAAACUCCAUUUUUUUUUUUUUUUCUCGUGAUGGUGUAAAUGGUUUUAUAUUUUCAGGAAAUUAUUUUGUAAAGACUGACUUUUAUUACUGUUUUCAUCCUUUGUUUAAUUCUGUAAAUGUUGAUAUGUUUUGCUCUUGGGUAACAAUUGCUCAGUUAAGUGACGUGCAAGUAACAGUAUGUUGUGGUGGUUGUGUUGCACUGUACACUGAUGGAAUCUACUGGUCUUUUUUCCUUUUUUUUUUUUUUUUUCUUUCUGAAAUCUUUUGCCAUUUCUUUAAGAAGUGGUAGGAAGUGCGCGUGUGCGCCUCACCUUAGCAGGGGUAUAUUGUUGCUGCUGUACAGUAAAGCAUUUACUUGUGACA